AUGAAAUUUAUUUUUAUAUUUCUGGUAUUAAUUGUUGCUGUUGUAAGAGAAAGUGAUGGAAUACAUGCUCAUGCAGAGAUGUAUCUUGCAGGAACAAAUGAUUUUAUUGGAACAAUUAACUUAUAUGAGGAGAAAGAGGCUUGGGGUGUUAUUAUGACUGGUUUUGUCAAUCGUCUAAGACCUUUAGCAGUAUUAGGUUUUCAUGUUCAUUCGGAGCCCAUUGGAAACAAUCAUAAUUGUACAGCUGGUGGUGUUCAUUUCAAUCCAUACAAUGUAUCUCAUGGAAUGCCAAGCGAUUCUGUUCGACAUGUCGGUGAUCUGGGUAAUAUUGAAGUAAAUGCUGAUGGUGGAGCCUAUAUUGGAUUACGUGAUAAUGUUAUUUCGCUCGGAUUCGAUAAGACAAGAACUGUUAUUGGUUUACCGCUCAUGAUUCACAAUCUGACUGAUGAUGGAGGUCAUACAGGAAAAGGUGAAAGUAACACGACUGGAAAUGCUGGCCCUCGCAUAGCAUGUGGAACAAUACUUAUUGGUUGA